AUGACGUUUCUGUCUUUGAGAUGGACACUCCUUGACGUUUCUUGCGUGUCCAUGUUUCUUGCUUGCUUCUGACCGUUGCUGGGUUCUUCGCAAAUCGCGAAGAGUUUUGCUCGUGUCUCUCAUCGAGUUUUCUCCUGAAUUAGGGUUUGGAUUCUUGCGACACAUUAGAUUACUGGAGGUGUUCGUCUUCGGAUUUGGAAUUCGAAGAAUCUCUAGUUCUUCCCGUUUUUUUCUUUCUCAGAUUAAGCAAUUAAUUUGAAGAGGAAGCUCGAUCGUUAGGAAUGGCGAACAACCCUCCGCAAUCUUCCGGUGCUCAGUUUCGACCGAUGGUUCCCGGACAACAGAAUCAGCCUUUUGUUCCAGCAGCUUCGCAGCCUUUUCAUUCCUUCGGACAUGUACAUCCAAAUGCCGGGAUGCCAGUUGUUCAAAGUCAGCCUCCACAGUUUUCUCAGCCAAUGCAGCAGCUCUUUCCAGUGAGACCAGGUCAGCCUGGGCAUAUUACGUCCUCGUCACAUGCAGUAUCAGUCCCAUACACUCAAACAAACAGGCCUCUUACAUCUGGAUCUACUCAACCACAGCCAAACACUCAUAUGAUGGGAGGCUAUGGUGCUCCUUCAUACCCGUCGAAGUUUCUGCUAUCUUCUUAUGGUCAGCAACAAGCACAACCCAAAAUCCAACCAGCUCCUCAGGUGCUUGUGGCUGGUCAACAAGCACCACAGACUUGGGCUGCGUCUGGAAGUCAAAGUACAACACCUGUACCCGUACAGCAGACUGGUCAACAAACACCAGUCAACGCUUCUACUGAGCCAGCAAGCCUGACUCCACAGUCCGCAUCCGCAUCUGAGUGGCAGGAGCAUACAUCUGCUGACGGAAGAAAGUAUUAUUACAAUAAGCGGACUAAACAAUCAAGUUGGGAGAAACCUCUUGAUUUGAUGACACCACUCGAGAGGGCUGAUGCAUCCACUGUAUGGAAGGAAUUCUCAACACCCGAAGGAAGAAAGUAUUACUAUAACAAGGCUACAAAGGAGUCUAAGUGGACAAUUCCUGAAGAACUGAAGCUAGCUCGUGACCUGGGCCAGCGAGCUGUUGCACAGGGAUCCCAGUCAGAAGUUGGAACUACUUCCGAGCCCCAAGUUGCUGCAUUUUCAUCUGAUCCGGCAAUUAGCACAGCUGUCACUUCCGUUGUUCCCAGCGCCUCCGUGACAUUACCUGCACAGUCUGCUAGCCCUGUUCCAACUUCAAUGGCUGUAACUGUCAGUCAUCCUUCCUCUGUGGCUCCCAUUACUCCAACAUCUGCUGCAACAAGUGAUACCGGGCCUGCUUCAACGAAAGCAGAUAAUUUAGCGUCUCAGGGUGCAGCUGGUUCUAAUUGUGGAGUUCCAGCACACAACAUCGAGGUUGAGAAUAAGGGGAUUGCAGUGAAUGGCAAAACCAAUUUGGCACCUGCUGGAGGCAAAGUAAAUGGGGAGGAACCCUUGGUAUAUGCUACUAAGCAGGAGGCAAAGGCUGCCUUUAAGUCUCUUUUGGAAUCUGUAAAUGUUCAUUCUGACUGGACUUGGGAACAGACUAUGAAAGAGAUUGUUAAUGAUAGAAGAUACGGUGCUUUGAGGACAGUUGGUGAGCGGAAACAGGCUUUUAACGAGUAUCUGGGUCAAAGAAAAAAGGUUGAAGCUGAGGAAAGACGAAUGAGGCAGAAGAAAGCUCGGGAAACAUUUGUCAAGAUGUUAGAAGAGUGUGAAGAACUUACAUCAGCAAUGAAAUGGAGCAAAGCUGUAAGUUUGUUUGAAAUUGAUGAGCGCUUUAAAGCAGUUGAACGCACAAGGGAUCGUGAAAAUCUUUUUGACAAUUACAUUUUGGAACUCGAGAAGAAGGAAAGAGAAAAGGCUGUAGAGGAACAUCGAAGAAACAUGGCUGAAUACCGAAAGUUUCUUGAGGCCUGUGAUUUUAUCAAGGUUACUUCACAAUGGCGGAAAGUUCAAGAUCAACUGGAGGAUGAUGAAAGAUGCUCAUGUCUUGAAAAGAUAGAUCGUCUGAUUGGUUAUGAGGAAUACAUUCUUGACCUGGAGAAGGAAGAGGAGGAACACAAGAGGGUAGAGAAAGAACAAAUUAGGCGGGCUGAGAGAAAAAAUCGUGAUGCAUUUCGUUCAAUAAUGGAAGAACAUGUUGCAUCUGGCGAUUUUACUGCUAAAACUUACUGGCGGGAUUAUUGCAUGAAGGUUAAAGAUUUGCCCCAGUACCAAGCUGUUGCAUCUAAUACCUCUGGUUCCACUCCAAAGGACUUGUUUGAAGAUGUGAUAGAAGAAUUAGAGAAACAGUAUCAUGACGAUAAAAACCGUACAAAGGAUGCUAUGAAGUCCAAGAAGAUUUCCAUGGUCUCCUCACGGACAUUUGAAGACUUCAAAUCUUCUGUUUUGGAGGAUCUCAGUUCUCAACCAAUAUCAGACAUUAAUCUCAAGCUUGUAUAUGAUGAUUUGCUUGAGAGAGCAAAGGAAAAAGAAGAAAAAGAGGCUAGAAAACGUCAGAAUUUGGCCGAAGAUUUCACCAAAUUGCUGAAUACUUUUAAGGAAAUAACUGCUACUUCAACUUGGGAAGAUAGCAAAUCACUAUUUGAAGAAAGUGAAGAGUACAGAUUGAUUGGAGAUGAAAAUGCUUGCAGAGGGAUUUUUGAAGAAUACAUACUGACCUUGCAGGAAAAGGUUAAAGAAAAGGAACAUAAGCGUGAGGAAGAAAAGUGGUUUGGGAAUUUGCAGAUGAGGAAAGAGAAAGAGAGGGAAGAGAAAGAGAAACGGAAGGAGAAGGAGAAGGAGAAGGAAAAGGAGAGAAAAGAAAAAGAGAGAGAACGCGAAAAGGGUAGAGGAAAAGAGAGAAGUAGAAGAGAAGACUCAGAUGGCGAAAAUGCAGAUAUGACGGAAGGCCACAAAGAUGACAAAAGGAAGGGAAAAGACAGAGACAGAAGACAUAGGAGACGACACCAUAAUUCUGAUGACGACGACGAUGUAAGUUCUGAUAGGGACGACAGAGAAGAGUCCAAGAAGUCCCGGAAACAUGGAAGUGACCGCAAAAAAUCAAGAAAGCAUGGACACUCGCCCCAAUCAGACAGUGAAAGUAGGCAUAAAAGACACAAGAAGGAUUAUCGGGACACUUCCCGUAGAAGCGGUAAUGACGAGCUUGAGGAUGGAGAGGUUGGUGAAGAUGGGGAAAUCCAGUAAUUCUCUUCUGUUGGUAAGUCAAUGAUUUAUAAUCUUCUUAAGCAUUUCCACCCUAAUCAAACAUGUUUUCAUAUAGCUGCAAUAGAUAACCUAUCUUUGCGUUGUAGGAAGAUAAUUUUUUUCAACAGUGUGUGCUGAGAUUCUUCCUUAUGCCAAAAGUGUUGUUAGAUAGAUUCUUUGAACUACUGCUUAUGAAUUGAGAAUGGUUUGGCGAGAGGCUUUGAAAUGUUUAUGCUUUUCCCCUUGAGAUUCUUAGGUUGUAUUAAUGCAAACUUCAAUUUUAUCCACAUCUGAUC